AUGGCUCCCUCCAACCUCCCACCAGUCUUCAAUGCCACCUCCCAGGACAUGGAGAUGAUGCUCACUGCCCAGUGUCAUCUCGGCUCCAAGAACAUGCAAACCCAUAUGGAGCCAUACCUGUGGAAGACUCGUCCAGACGGUGUCAACGUUAUUAACAUUGGCAAGACCUGGGAGAAGAUUGUCCUUGCUGCCCGUAUCAUUGCUGCCAUCGACAACCCAGCUGAUAUCUGUGUUAUUUCUGCCCGUCCAUACGGCCAGCGUGCUGUUCUCAAGUUCGCUGCCCACACUGGUGCUGUUGCGAUUGCUGGUCGUUUCACCCCCGGUAGCUUCACCAACUACAUCACCCGCUCUUUCAAGGAGCCCCGCCUGAUCGUUGUCACCGAUCCUCGCACCGAUGCCCAGGCCAUCAAGGAGGCCAGCUACGUCAACAUCCCCGUCAUUGCCCUCUGCGACGCCGACUCCCCUACCGAAUUCGUCGAUGUUGCUAUCCCAACCAACAACAAGGGUCGCCACGCUAUUGGUCUUGUCUGGUGGAUGCUUGCCCGCGAAGUCCUCCGCCUCCGUGGCACUCUCGCUACCCGUGAGACCGAAUGGGAUAUCGUCGUUGAUCUGUACUUCUACCGCGACCCUGAGGCCGAGGAAACCAAGGAGAUUGAAGAGGCCAAGGCCGCUGAGGCCGAGGAGGCUGCUCCUGAGGCUCUCAACCCAGCUGAUACCUGGGAUGCUGCUGGUGCUGCUGCUCCUGCUACCUUCGGUGCUCCCGCUGCUGCUACCAACUGGGAGGCUGCCAACACCGACUGGGCUGCCUCCGGUGCUGCUGCGGGUGAGAGCUGGGCCGCUGAUACCCCCGCUGCUGAACCUACCUGGUAA